AUGGGAAGAACGCUGCCCACCCCCGUGAUCUGCAGUAUUUGCGGUGAUCGUUCCUACGGAAAGCACUACGGUGUUUACUGCUGCGACGGAUGCUCGUGUUUCUUCAAACGAUCGGUGCGUCGCGGUGCCCUCUUCUCCUGCAUAGCCGGCACCGGAAUCUGUGUCGUUGACAAGGCGAGACGCAAUUGGUGUCCGCACUGCCGUCUGAACAAAUGCUUCGCCGUCGGCAUGAACGCAGCAGCCGUUCAAGAAGAGAGAGGACCGCGUGUUCGUAGCAAAGUAACUGCCACCGAGGGCGAAGUCGGUGUUCCGUGGAGAGUGCCGUCGAUUAGACGUGUUGCGACGGAAAUCGCAUCGCGACCGAGUUUCUCGGCGAACCCGACGGUUCACGCUAUCGGAACCGAAACCGAGACCAGUGUCCUGUCGACCUCAGUGUUGCAUCCUGUUCGAGCAACGAGGAUUUUCACCACUGGCGCAACGAUGCGGUACGAGUUGGCCGCGGAAAUAUUUCUCGCGACGGUGCGUGCUGCUCGCAGGCAUCGUGAGUUCUCGAUGCUCGAGCCGCGAGAACAGAACAGAAUACUGCGAAGAGGAUGGGCCGCGGUGUUCGUAUUCCACGCGGCGAUUUGGCCGAUCGAUCUUUCGGCUAUUAGAAACCGUGACGUAUCGUCAAACGAAGUUGUUGGCUACGUCUAUGAUCCUCUAGCCGCGGCACGUUCUUCCGUCACCAAGUUGCGACUCGACUCGAUCGAGAUCUCGAUACUGGAAACCUUGGUUCUCUGCCGUCCCGAGAUCGCCGAAACCGCAAACGGCAAUCGUCUGACAACCCGUGCAACGGACACUGCGGUCGAGGCUCUCGUUCGUCACCUAGACGAGCGAUCUGAGGCACACUCCUCGCGACUGGCCAGGAUCAUGCUGAUCCUGCCAACUCUAACGGCUUGUUGUCCCCGGGAUUUGGCUGGUCAACUUUUCGCACCUAUCAUCGGCGACACGGAUCUCGAGAGGGUGAUCGAAUCUGUGCGUUGA